AUGCGAUUAAAGGCAACCGUUUACAAUCCAGUUGGCCUUCAUCGAAUCGUCCAAACAUUGGAUAAGUUUGGACCUAUAUGUGUCAUGUCAUUCUCAACAGACUCCAUUCGUUUUAUAAGUCAUGAUGAGCGUGCAGGCAGCAUUCGUGCCUGGGUUAAAGCGCAGCCGUCAGCUUUUCUUUCAAACUAUCGAAUUCAAAGCAGACUUGAGGGUUGCGAAAUCCCUUUGACUCUCCGUCUUGAGUUUCUCUUGCCUAUAACAAAAAUUGCACAAAAUGCGACCGAUGUCAAAAUAUCUUUAAAACGGUCUGAAAAUCAGAACCGAGAAGGUAGACUUUGUCGACUUGUUCAGAACAUUAGUGUGGUUGCAGUAUCCCAGGCGACAAUGCCAGCUAUCAGAGAUCCGAUUGCUGUAAAUUCACCUCAUGUGUUCAUUUUCUUGCCUAGUAUGAAUUCGCUCAAGCCAGUUGCUGAUAGACUUAGGCAGAUUGGAAAGUAUAUGUAUAUCUCUGCAAACAUGGCAGGCGAAUUGAAGCUUAUUGUUGCAAACGAUGUUGCUGAAUCUGAUUAUGAGCUAGAAGAUGUCCGUAAAUUUGCUACUGUUCGUAUAACAACAGAAGAUUUUGUCAAUUUUAUGAACAGCUAUCAGCUCGUACCUGACAAUGUGAUUUGCUCCAUUACGGACAACGAGCAAUUAGCCUUUUAUCUUUAUAUUAACAAUGAUAUACACCACCAAGCAGAUCCCAGCGUUGUUCGAUCAAGUGCUAUAGACCAAACUGUCAUGACAUGUUUUGUACCUGUUUGUCAAGAAUAUUAA